AUGGCAGCUGUACUUACUCCCGUAUGCAACAAUGUUCAGAAUUUAACUAUGUCCAAUGAACCGACGUUUACUAAUUUACAGAAUAUAAAAGUGAAAUUAUAUCGACUGGGUACAUUUCGUUCAUGGAAAGAAAAUCUUUAUCCAACACUUUCAAAAGGACUUCUUGCUAAAGCUGGACUCUACUAUAUUGAGACUGAACAUAAGCUAAAAUGUCAGGCAUGUAAUUUCGAAGUAGAUUUAAGCGCACCAGUCAUUCAUCCUAUUGAAGAACAUAUGAAACAAAAUCCUCAAUGUGAAUUUGCUUUAAUUGGAAACGAAUUGUCACCAAAAAAUUAUGAAAAAUUAUCAAUGAUAACGAAUGAUAUUUCACAGAUGGAUACUAACAAUGUCAAUCAUCAAACUCAGGUAAAUGAUGAUAAUGACGCGAGUAAUGAAAAUCAAAACAAAUCAUUUCUUAAAACAUUAUCUAAUGAAGUAAUUGAUAAAAUACGUUUUAAUACAUUUUCAAAUUGGCCAUUAAUUACACCAACUGCACAAGAUAUGUUUCUCGCUGGAUGGUCAUAUACGAGUAUAGCUGAUCGAGUUAUAUGCACUCAUUGCAAUGCUAUAUUUCAUAAAUGGACGGAAUUAGAUCGACCCUAUGAAAUACAUCGAUUGAAAUCUCCUCAAUGUCAGUUUGUACUAGCAUUGGAAAAGAAAGAAGGAAAGACAUCGACUUCUGCUAUAAGAAUAACUACUGAACCAAAUACACAAGCAGCUGUUGAAACAGCUAAUAAUACGUAUUCAUUAGCAAUUCAUCGAUAUGAAACUUUUCAAAAAAAUUGGCCACAUACUAAUGAAAAUCCAUUACCUUCGAUUGAAUCGUUUGUUGAUGCUGGAUUUUUCUAUACAGGCGAUCAAACUAUUGUCAAAUGUUUUUAUUGUAAAAAAUCAUUGAAGCAUUGGGCACCUACUGAUGAUCCAAAAGUUGAACAUGCUCGAUGGUUUCCAGAGUGUUCAUAUAUUCGUCAAUAUAUUGGCGAAGAUCUUUUUCAAGCUAUACAAAGAAAAAAUCGUGAAUUAAAAGCUCAAUCAAAUCCUGAAGAAAAUAUACAUGUUCAAACUUCACAACUUCCAUUAUGGACAACCGAUGAAAUUGAUAGAAUGGUCAAAGCUCGUCUCGAUCUACCGAUUGUUGAAAAAAUUCGACAAAUAGGUUUUACUAUGGCAGUUAUUCGAAAAGCAUAUGAAAUUCAAUUGAAAUUUAAGAAAGAUGAUUUUAAAACUGACAAUGAUCUUCGAUUUGCUUGUCUUAUACUUGAUCUGCAGGUGAAUUUGAUUAAGGGAGAUGCUGCUUAUAUACUUACUCCUCAAGAUUGGAUGAAAAAAUAUAUUUACGAUCAACAGCAGCCUCAACCACAAAUUAUACAACUACCAAUUAAAACUAUAGAAACUCCAAAAGUUAUCAAAUCAACUGUAGUGCAGCCUAAAGUAGUGAUCAAAACAGAUGAAGAAGCAAUGCCAUGCGUACUUUGUCUGACAACGGAACGUCAAGUAGCUUGUUUACCAUGUGGCCAUCUAACAAGUUGUGUUGCUUGUGGUCAUAGUUUAAAAACAUGUCCACUCUGUCGUGCUACCGUCAAAGCAUUUGUUCGAAUUUAUAUAUAA